CGACAACAAUUUAAAACGAAUAGUGAAACGAAAAGGUUGCAGAGUUAAAACGGAACACCUAUAUUUCAAUCAUUGGUCGGUUUUUGAAUUCCAGCAAAAACUUAGGAUGAAAUUUUUAGUAAUUCUAGCAUCAGUUUGUGCCUUUGUAGCGGUAAAGGCACAACUCGGUUUGGGCUUAGGCAUUGAGCGAGCUGGCCCACCGCCGCCGGAGUUUUUCCAAAAUGUCAUUCUCAAUGCAGAAGCAMAGAAAGUUCUCGCAACUCCCAGUUUACCCGCUGAUUUACAACAACGUGUACGGGACACGCUGAGCAAUUCUGAAACCGGAUUCAAUAAUUGCAGUACCCUGACCACAUUGCCCUGGUUUCAAAUGCGCUGCGUGGCUUUACAACUAUCGAAGUCCAAAGCUGAAUUGAAGGCCAUAGAUGAUGAAGCAAAAGCAAGGGCGCAGGCAGCUGCAACARCGGAAGCAAGCGCACCAGCUGCCGCAGAUGCAAUAAGCAUUUAAAUUUGAUACAAAUCACUAUAACGUUAAUGUUUUAUGGUAAUAUUCCAAUUUGAAGAAUUUUGCUCUAAAAUAUUUUGGGACAUUGCAACUGAUUCACACGAAUUUUACAAAUAAACUAAAUUGUCAAUA